AUGUCAACGCCAGGUAAAAAACUAAGCGGUUCCCAGAAUCGGAAAAGAAAACUACUGCAAGAAAAAGAAGCUCUGAAAUCUAGAGUAAUAAUGGAGUCAUACUUAGGAAAAAAGUCGCAAAAAGAAAAUCCAGAAGACAAAAAGGAUGCAGAUGUAAAAUCAGAUUCAGAGUCAGAACCAGAUUCAAGUUGUACACCUACUGCUGCUAAACUUUUAUGUACUAAUAACACAACUCAACAAAUAGAAGACUCUGAAGAAAGUGGCCCAAGUACAUCAGAAAUGAUAGAUCCAUGUUCACAUUUAAUAAAAAGCACAGAAAAUACACUUGCUGUAAUUCCAGACGUUCUUGAGUUCAACGAUGUUGCCUAUUUAAAAUUUAGCAACAAUCUUCCAAUAAUAUCGAACCAACUUCGAAAAGAAAUGAUUAUUCGUGGAUCUUGCACAUUUCAAAACGAAGCCAGUUUAAAUGCAGCAACAGCAUCAACCAAUCGUCUAAUGCCAAAAUCUUGGUUUUCUCGACGUGUAGGUAAUGAAGAGGAAGGAAUUGAAGUUAACCGAUCUUGGUUAUUAUAUUCACCAAAAAAUAAUGCAGCGUACUGCUUUUGUUGCUUACUGUUUAUUACAUCAGAUUCCGCUACGCAAUCAUCUUUCGUAACAUCUGCUGGUUUUAAUAAAUGGAAGAAAAAAGAUAAAUUGAUUAGUCAUGAAAGAAGUCCAAAUCACCGAAAAUCACUUACGGCUUGGAAAGAAACAGAACGAAGAUUGAUAAGUAGAGCCGGAAUUGAUGCAUCAUUAGAAGCGAACAUUCAGUCCGAAAAAGAGCGGUGGCGAAAUAUAUUGCAAAGAAUAUUAGCUUGCAUGAGGUAUUUAAUUAUACAAAAUCUUCCUCUACGUGGCCAUGUUGAAAAACUAGCACUUCAAGAUGUUCAUUUCUGGUAUGAAAUCUUAAGAAGGAUUGAUCGUGUGCAGCUCAGAUUACAAGAUCCUAGAAUGAAUUUUAGAGAAGUGUUCCAUGAUCUUGAAUCAUUAGCGACUGAACUAGCCGAAAUUUGA